UUGCAUAGAGGACAACACAUGUGGAGAAGCUAGGAAGCUGAUGCCCGAGAGAAAGAGAUCACUCCUACCGAAGCCUUUGGCUUGAGAAGACCUAUAGUCUGUCGUGCGUCCUGAAUUUUAUUAUCUAUAUAUUUUACUUGCAGAUAAAUAAAAUGAUUGGUAUGAAAGUUCUGUAUCAUGAGCUCUUCAUCUAAGAAUGCCAAAAGCAUAAGCGGUAAUGGCCGGAAAAAGAUUCUUGUGAUUGGUAAGACAGGAACUGGGAAGAGUACUCUCUGCAAUGUACUCUCAGGAAAGAAGUAUGAUGCUGAUUAUUUCAAAACUUCCUCAGAAGGCAAAUCCUGUACCCAGAAACCUAAGUUUAAAGAUGUAUUCUUGAAUGGAGACGAAAAGAAACCAGUCUCCCUCAUAGAUACCAUGGGGUUUGAUGAUCCUACUAAGAAUCAUGAUGCUAAAAUUAUAGGUAAACUUGUAGUCAAGCUGAAAAAAAGAUGUGAUUAUGUCAAUCUGUUUGUCCUUGCAGUUAAUGGACAGAACCCAAGACUAGAUGGAUCCCUGCUGACAAUGAUCAGGAUAUUGGAAGGAAUGUUUGGCAAACAGUUUUGGAAUCAGACCGUUCUUGUUUUUACUCGCAUGCCGAUGAGUCUGAGAGAUAAGGAAAGGAGAGAAAAAAUUAACAAGAAAACAGAUGCUCAACUUGCAGCAGACUUCAUAAAGAUAGCAGAGGAACAGUUUGGGGAUUGCAGCGGGCUACGCUAUCUUUACAUGGAUGCAAUUUAUGAAAAAGAUGAUGAUGAUGAGAAAGCUGCAUUUGAUUCUGCUUGUACUAAGCUUUAUGAAAUGUUAGAAGAGUUACCUGGGCUCUCGACAGAGAAUGUAAAGAAGGUUGCAACAGACAAUGCACUAUUGCAACGAAAAAUUAAAGAACAGGAAAAGGAAAUGAGGAAAAUAAAGAAGGUCGUUGCAGCUGCGGUUGUUGGCGGGUCAGCUGGGGCACUAAUUUUAGCUCCUUUGGCUGCUCCAAUUGCUGCUGCUGGGACAAUUGGGGUCGCUGGGGUCGUUGGGGCCGAGGCCAUUUGGACCACUGGGGUCAUUAUGGCCGGGGGCAUUGCGGGCGCUGCAGGGGCCGCUAAAGGUGCACUUUAUAGUACAGGAGAUGGAAAUGAAACUGAUGGGAAUGAAACUGAUGGAAAUGAAACUGAUGGGAAUGAAACUGAUGGAAGUGAAACUGAUGGAAAUGAAACUGAUGGGAAUGAAACUGAUGGAAAUGAAACUGAUGGAUAGGUUCAAAUGAAGAAUCCGGAAAGGCAAUCCCAGAAGCGGAAAAGAAAUAACAAUAUUUGGGUGUAUCUCAAUAAACUGCCAUGUUUAUUUA